AUGAUGCCUAAUCAAGAAUACAGAACACAGGUUGGAGACACAUUCAUCAACGCUCCGAGGUACCUUGCGAAUAUCAAACUUCAGCUUCCCACAAUCGAAAUGCCAACCGUACGACAGAAUGACAUCAAGAAAGAAGCAAUACAGUUAGAUUUAAGAAACGUGGACUUGAGUGAUAUAAAAGAACUAAUAAAUAGUGCUAAAUUCAGUGAUAACGAAAUAAAUCCAAAAUUCUUAGUAACAAGUGACAUGUAUGGACCAAGAACAAAAUCUGUAUAG